AUGGCCGAUCCAAACAAUGUUGCCCAGUACAAGUACUCGGCGAUGUCGAACCUGGUUCUCCAGGCCGACCGCCGAUUUGUCUCCCGCAGAACGGAUGAAAACACUGGCGACCCAGAGUCGCUGGCUGGACGACUGAACAUUAGAGACAUGGGAUCGCGAGUGGGACGGCCAGAGGCCCCGAAACAGAAGAAGUUAGCUUCGGGCCUACAGGGUAUGGAAAGGUCGUCCAUACGAGAGGGCGAAGACGUCCUCGAACGAGAACGGAAAAAAAGAAAGAGGGGCGAGCCUGCGCAAACUCGGGGAGCUGGUAUUCUGUCUGCUGGCGACGCGCUGAUCGAAGGGCUCAAGUAUAGGCCUAGGACUCCCGCCACUCGUGCCACCUAUGACUUGCUGCUUCAUGUCACGUCAAAUGCAUUGGGAGAUGUAUCUCAGGAGACGGUGCGAAGCGCCGCUGAUGCCGUUCUCGAGUAUUUGAAGGAUGAAAACAUGAAAGAUUUGGACAAGAAGAAAGAGAUCGACGAUCUUGUGGGCAUUACCAUGACUCCUAAGCAGUUCAAUGAGCUUGUCAAUCUCGGUAAAAAGAUCACAGACUAUGGCGCCCAAGAUGGUGACGAAGACAUGGCCGACGGUGAUGGUCCAGAUGAGGCUGAGCUAGAUGAUCGACAAGGUGUCGCAGUUGUAUUUGACGAAUCUGACGACGAUGCUGACGAGGACGGCAUUCAACGGACCUACGAGGUUCGUGACGAAAGCGAAGGGUCUUCAGAUGAAGAAGGUGAUGAUGCACAAGACCAACCGAGCCUUGAAGAAUCUGCCGCGGCCGGAGGAGCUGGAGCUCCCGAUGAAGAUGACGCUGAUGACACUGGAAUGGUUCUAGAUGGUGGACUUGGAGACUCUAGUCGAAGAAAGAGAGAUGCGGUCGAUCUCGUCUCCGUCCACGAAAUUGAUGCCUACUGGCUGCAAAGGCAGAUUGGUGCUCUCUACUCAGACGCACAUUUGCAACAACAAAAGACCAAAGAUGCCCUUCAAAUUUUAUCAGGAAAAUCAUUGGAAGGCGAACAUAUUUCCCUCCGAGACAUCGAAAACGACCUAAUGGAUUUGUUCGACUAUGAACAACCCGCGAUCGUUAGCAAAUUUGUUUCGAACCGUGAGAGGAUUGUUUGGGUGACAAGAUGGCGGAGAGCUGCCGAAGAUGAUGACGCUCGUAAUCUCGUUGAGAGCGAAAUGGUCGAAGCUGGUCAUCGAAGUAUUCUUGACGAAUUACUAGGAACCUCGGAUCGAAAUAGAGAAGGUCAGCGGCCUGCAAAGAAGAUGAAGCUGGAUCUGAUGGACCUGGAUAUUCCCAAAGCGGAGACCAAUCCCCAGCAGGCUGAUAAGAAAGAUGGCGUGCUAUCCGGAGAAUUGCAACCUCAGCGCUUGAUAAAUCUGGACAACCUUGUCUUCGAACAAGGCAACCAUCUCAUGACCAACCCUAAGGUUGUCCUCCCGGCAGGCUCAACUAAAAGGACAUUCAAAGGCUACGAAGAAAUCCACGUCCCUGCUCCAAAGGCCAAGCGGGACCCCGGUGAGAAAAAUAUUCCAACAAGUGAUCUGCCUGACUGGGCACGCCAGGGCUUUGGUUCUGCGAAAGAACUCAACCGCAUACAAUCUAAAUGUUAUCCCUCAGCCUUCCAUGAUGACGGUAAUAUGUUGAUCUGUGCCCCAACGGGCUCGGGCAAGACUAAUGUUGCUAUGCUCACAAUCCUUCGAGAGAUCGGCAAACAUAGGAACCCGGAAACAGGUGAAAUCAUGCUCGACGAUUUCAAAAUUGUUUACAUCGCUCCGUUAAAGGCUCUUGUCCAGGAGCAAGUCGGUAAUUUUGGGAAACGUCUGGAGGUGUACGGCAUUCGAGUUUCAGAGCUUACCGGUGAUCGACAGUUGACAAAGCAACAGAUCGCAGACACGCAGGUGAUCGUCACAACCCCUGAAAAAUGGGAUGUCAUCACUCGAAAAGCAACCGACAUGAGCUAUACGCGGCUUGUUAGGCUGGUAAUCAUUGACGAGAUCCAUCUGCUUCACGACGAUCGUGGUCCAGUUUUGGAGAGCAUUGUCAGUCGGACCAUCCGGAAAAUUGAACAGACAGGCGAUCCAGUCAGGAUAGUAGGCUUGAGCGCAACUCUACCAAACUACCGCGAUGUCGCGACCUUCUUAAGGGUCGAUCCGGAGAAAGGACUAUUCCACUUCGAUGGGUCCUUUAGACCUUGCCCACUUCGACAAGAAUUCAUUGGCGUGACCGACAAGAAGGCUAUAAAGAUGCUCAAAACUAUGAACGAUGUCUGUUAUGCCAAGGUCAUUGAACAUGUCGGCACAAAUCAACAGCAGAUGCUUAUUUUUGUUCACUCUCGGAAAGAGACUGCGAAGACUGCAAAGUAUAUUCGUGACAAAGCUGUCGAAUUGGAGACCAUUGGCCAGAUCAUGCGAAGUGAUGCUGCAAGCAGAUCAGUUUUGCAGGAAGAAGCCGACGCUGUGAACGACGCCAAUUUGAAAGAGUUGUUACCCUAUGGAUUUGGGAUACACCAUGCUGGAAUGGGUGUUGCAGAUCGCACUUCCGUUCAGGAUCUAUUCGCUGAUGGUUAUCUUCGAGUUCUGGUUUGUACGGCGACUUUGGCAUGGGGUGUAAAUCUUCCAGCCCACACAGUCAUUAUUAAAGGUACCCAAGUCUAUUCUCCAGAGAAGGGCAGCUGGGUUGAGUUGAGUCCACAAGAUGUGCUGCAAAUGCUUGGCCGAGCUGGUAGACCACAGUUUGACUCUUAUGGUGAAGGUAUCAUCAUCACUUCACAACCGGAGAUCCAGUACUACUUAUCAUUGAUGAAUCAACAACUCCCGAUUGAGAGUCAAUUGAUGGGCAAGCUCGCGGACAACCUCAAUGCCGAAAUAGUUCUGGGUAAUAUCCGCACCAGAGACGAAGGCGUGGAGUGGCUUGGAUACACCUACCUUUUUGUCCGCAUGAUUCGAUCUCCGGGGCUUUACAGUGUUGGAGCAGACUACGGCGACGACGAGACUCUCGAGCAAAAACGUGUCGACUUGAUCCAUUCUGCAGCUAUUGUCCUUGAGAAAGCUGGUCUCGUGAAAUAUGAGAAGAGGACUGGCAAGUUGCAGGCUACCGAUCUGGGCCGCAUCUCAUCGCACUAUUACAUCACCCACAAUUCCAUGCUCACCUACAAUAAUAAUCUGCAACCCUCGAUAAGCACCAUCGAGCUUUUCCGGAUCUUUGCUCUGAGUGAUGAGUUCAAAUACAUUCCAGUGAGACAAGACGAAAAGUUGGAAUUGGCCAAACUUCUUGGAAGAGUUCCAAUUCCAGUCAAGGAAGGCAUGGAAGAACCACAAGCUAAAAUCAAUGUACUUCUCCAGGCAUUUAUUUCGCGCUUGAAAUUGGAGGGUCUUGCUUUGAUGGCUGACCUGGUUUACGUCACGCAGUCAGCUGGGCGAAUCCUGAGAGCGCUUUUCGAAAUAUGUCUCAAGAAGGGAUGGGCAUCCGUUGCUAAAAUUGCUCUUGAUCUUUGCAAAAUGGCUGAGAAGCGAAUGUGGCCUACCAUGUCUCCUUUAAGACAAUUCCCAAUGUGCCCUAGAGAGUACGUCCAAAAGACUGAGAGGAUGGAAGUCCCUUGGUCCGCCUAUUUUGAUUUGGAUCCACCUAGAAUGGGAGAACUGAUAGGCCUUCCAAAAGCUGGUCGUGUUGUUUGUGAUCUUGUCUCAAAAUUUCCGCGACUAGAAGUUCAAGCACAGGUUCAGCCUAUGACGAGGUCUAUGCUGCAUGUCGAACUGACCAUAACGCCCAAUUUCGUUUGGGACGACGCCUUGCAUGGAACAGCAGAAACAUUCUGGAUCUUGGUCGAGGAUUGUGAUGGAGAAGAAAUAUUGUUCCAUGACCAGUUCAUUCUACGACGCGAGUUUGCCACGAGUGAUUUAACAGAGCACCUCGUUGAUUUUACAGUCCCAAUCACGGAACCAAUGCCUCCCAAUUACUUUAUCACCAUCCUAUCCGACCGUUGGAUGCAUUCAGAGACUAAAGUUCCGGUGUCUUUCCAGAAACUCAUUCUGCCUGAACGGUUUGCGCCUCACACACAGAUCCUCGACCUACAGCCAGUACCAGUACAAGCGCUUAAAAUCAGGGAAUACGUAAGCAUAUACCCUAAGUGGGAUAGAUUCAACAAGAUUCAAACCCAGGUCUUCAAGUCGCUCUACGACAGCAAUGACAAUGUGUUUGUCGGGGCACCUACUGGUAGUGGGAAGACCGUGUGCGCAGAGUUUGCCCUGUUGCGCCACUGGAAGAACCCGGAGGCCGGCAAGACAGUCUACAUUGCACCAUUCCCAGAAUUGGUUGAACAACGUCUUACUGAUUGGCAAGAGCGCCUGAGCCAGCUAGCGGGAGGGAAGGCAAUCUCAAGUUUAACCGGUGAGAUCACAGCAGAUCUGCGAAUACUCGAUCGUUCAGAUCUCGUGCUAGCCACUCCAAACCAAUGGGAUGUCCUGUCGCGUCAAUGGCAGCGUCGAAAGAACGUGCAAGAUGUGGAGCUCUUCAUUGCUGAUGAGCUCCAUAUGCUGGGCGGCGAAAAUGGCUCAGUAUAUGAAGUUGUGGUGUCCAGAAUGCAGUACAUCCACAUCCAGCUGGAGAACAAUCUGCGAAUCGUUGGCUUAAGUGUACCGCUCUCCAACGCAAGAGAUGUUGGCGAAUGGAUUGGUGCAAGCAAGCAUACAAUCUUCAAUUUCAGCCCAAUGGUCCGACCAGUUGGUUUGGAACUUCACAUCCAGUCAUUUACCAUACCACAUUUCCCUUCGUUGAUGAUGGCGAUGGCCCGGCCGACAUAUCAGUCCAUACUACAUUUGUCACCAGAUAAACCAGCGAUUGUGUUUGUACCAGGACGGAAGCAAGUUCGAUCCACUGCGCUCGAUAUUUUAUCUGCGUGCAUCAUGGAUGACGACGACGAGCGGUUUCUUCAUACUAAUGUUGAUGAGCUACAACCUUUCCUAGAAAGAAUCAACGAGGGAGCACUAGCAGAAUCUUUAACGCACGGUAUUGGGUAUUACCAUGAAGCUCUAUCAACGAGCGACAAGCGCAUAGUCUCACAUCUUUUCAAGAUCGGAGCUAUACAGGUGAUGCUAGCUUCGAGGGAUGUGUGUUGGGAGAUACCAUCUACUGCACACCUUGUUGUGGUGAUGGGAACACAGUACUUCCAGGGCCGCGAACACCGAUACGUCGACUACCAAAUCAGCGAGAUUCUACAAAUGUUUGGGCGGGCCUGCAGACCAGGAGAGGACCGAAUUGGAAAGGGAGUGUUAAUGGUGCCUGCAGUCCGAAGAGAAUAUUACAAGAAGUUUCUCAACGAGGCUUUGCCCAUCGAAAGUCAUCUGCCUUUGUCACUGCACGAUGCAUUCGUUACUGAAAUCAGUACCAAGACGAUCACCUCCACCCAGGAUGCAGUGGAUUGGACAACUUAUUCCUACUUCUAUCGUCGCCUCCUAGCGAACCCAAGUUUUUAUGGAUUGAACGACACAUCGCAUGAUGGUCUGAGCACACAUCUUUCUGAAUUGGUGGAAAAUACGUUGAAGGAGCUAUCGGAAGCCAAGAUCAUUGAUCUGGACGAGGAGGAUGAUUCUGUUAUACCUCUGAAUCCAGCAAUGAUUGCAGCGUACUACAACAUCUCGUUCAUUACGAUGCAAACUUUCCUCUUGUCCUUGACAGGCCGCACGAAACUGAAGGGCAUGUUGGAGAUUGUGACAUCGGCUACCGAGUUUGAGUCGAUACAAAUGCGACGAUAUGAAAACCAGAUCCUUCAACGGAUCUAUGAUCGGGUGCCCGUCAAGAUGUCUGAGCCAGCAUUUGACUCGCCGCAUUUCAAAGCUCUGGUGCUCCUGCAGGCGCAUUUCUCACGCAUGCAACUUCCAAUUGACCUGUCCAAAGACCAGGAAGUUAUCGUGUCCAAAGUACUCAGUCUGCUUUCGGCGUGCGUGGAUGUACUUUCGUCCGAAGGACACCUCAACGCGAUGAAUGCUAUGGAGCUAUCACAAAUGACGGUUCAGGCCAUGUGGGACCGUGACAGCCCAUUGCUCCAGAUUCCUCAUUUUGAUAGCAAGAUUGUGGACAUCCUUGCUAAGCAAGAAAUCAAGGACGUUGAUGAUUUUAUGACGGCCAUGGACCCGAAUGAGAAUCCCAACCAGGGGAAUCUUGUGGCAGCAAUGGGGUUGAGCAACCGACAACUUGUUGAGGCAGCCAAUUUCACGAACGCCAAGUAUCCCAAUCUUGAACUUGAAUUCGAUGUCCUGGAGAAAGAAGAUGUCACGGCGGGCCAACCGAGCUACUUACAAGUGCGCGUGUCACGAAUUCUAGAUGAAGAGGAUGAAGAAGACGAGGAGACGGAGGUGGAUCUGGAGGUGCACGCACCAUUCUAUCCUGGGAAGAAGAUCCAGAAUUGGUGGUUGGUGGUGGCCGAAGAGAAGACUAAAUCGCUGCUCGCAAUUAAACGAGUAACAAUUGCGAAGAAGCUCUCCGUCAAAUUGGAGUACGUGGUCCCAACACCUGGCGAGAAGGACUUGACACUGUUCCUGAUGGCGGACUCGUAUGUUGGGGUCGACCAGAGUAUGGCAUUCAGUGUGGACGUGGCGGAAGGGAUGGAUGAGGAUGAGGAUGAGGAUGAGGAUGAGUAG